UGCUAAUUUGUCUGGAUGGGAUUUACAAACCAUGAAAAAUGGGUAUGAGUCAAAGUUCAUUGAGGCAAUUACUAAAGAUGUGCUAGGGGUGCUGAAUUUUAUGCCCAUGAAUGUUGCAAAGCAUCCUGUUGGAAUUAAUUCUCGUGUUCAAGAUAUACUCGAUUUAUUACAAGCUCAAACAAAUGAUAGUGUUCGAAUGAUUGGAAUUUUUGGCAUGGGUGGUGCGGAAAAAUCAACCCUUGCUAAAGCCAUAUACAAUCACUUGAUCAUGAGUUGUCACGGGUUUGAAGGUAGUUGCUUUGUUGCAAAUAUUAGACAAGAAGUUUCUAAUAAGGGACACAAUGGACUAGUUGGUUUACAAGAAAUGCUUCUUCGCAAAACACUCAAGAGGAAGAGUUUUGAAAUUGAUAACAUUGAUGAAGGAAUAAGUUUGAUCAAAACAAGAUUGCAAUAAAAAAAGGUUCUUAUUGUUCUUGAUGACAUAAACCACAUAAGUCAACUAGAAUCAUUAGCAGGACAACGAAAUUGGUUUGGUUCAGGUAGUACAAUUAUACUAACAACCAGAGAUGUUCAUUUGUUGAGUGACCUUGGAACACAAGAGAAGUAUAUGGUUAAAACCUUAAGCGUUGAUGAUUCGUUGCAACUCUUAAGUUUGCAUGCUUUUGGAGUUCCUGUACCACUAGAGGAGUAUAAUGAACUAUCCAAAAGGAUAGCAAGUUAUACUGGCGGACUUCCAUUAGCACUUACAAUUAUAGGUUCUCAUUUGCGUGGAAGAUCCAUGCAA